GUGCUGGAGAGUCAGGAAAAUCAACUAUUCUUAAACAAAUGAAACUUAUUCAUGAUGGUGGUUAUUCUCCUGAAGAAAGAGAGUCAUUUAAAGAAAUAAUCUUUUCCAAUACCGUCCAAUCUAUGCGAGUCAUAUUGGAAGCUAUGGAAUUGAUGAACAUUCAAUUUCGCAGUGAGGAAGCCAAGAAACAAUCAAUGAUAAUUCUUAAUAUGCCAAAUCAAAUAGAAGGUGAUCAUUUACCUCCUAAUGUUUCGAGUGCUAUUAAAAUUCUAUGGGCCGAUGGUGGUGUACAGGAAUAUGUGCUACGAUCGCGUGUAAAGACCACUGGUAUUACUGAAACUACAUUUUUCAUUGGCGAAUUAACUUACCGAAUGUUUGAUGUUGGUGGUCAGCGUUCGGAACGUAAGAAAUGGAUUCAUUGUUUUGAGAACGUAACUGCCAUAGUGUUCUUGGUUGCCAUCUCUGAAUAUGAUCAAUUGUUACUCGAAGAUGAGACUGUG